AUGAUAUUGACGAAACCUUUUCCUCCGUCGGCCAGAGAGGCUCGGUGGUUGUAUUUGAGCUGUCUGAGUGGUAUUGUGGUGUUGGUGGUGUUCUUCAGCCAUACUCUGUGGCCACAUUUCGAUAUUCACUCUUAUGACUUAUCUGGAGAAAGGACUGGAACGCAAACAAGUCAUGCAAAUCCGUAUGACCAAGAUGGCGCAAUUGACAAAGAAGAGGAUGAGAUGUAUUAUCUUGGAUCGAAAAAGAACGAAACAUCAGAAUCACAUAGGCUACAGGAGAUGAAGUACGCCGUCAUUCUCCCAACAUUUAGUGGACACAUGCCUCUUGCGAUGGAGUUCCUGCAGUCUUAUAUGUGCCUUUGUACAGAUCAGUCAAAAAUCGAUUUCCACGUCAUCGUGUCAGAUUCAAAUGAGGUCGUAAUGUUCCAAGAUGCGAUGAAAAAGUUGAAGCCCUGUGGGCCAACCUACAGCAUUUUCCCGACGCCAGCGAUGAACAUCAACGGGCCGAAACCGAAAAUCAACAUCAGCAACAUGUUCGACAUUCUACCCCCCGUCUUUCACUCCAUGACGACGGGGAAAAUCACAGGCAAUGAUACGUCGGCGCUUCUAAAAGAACGUGGAAAAUACCAAUACCAGACAAUCAAGAAGAUGUCAGCAGCACUGGAGCUCGAUUACGACUACGCGCUCUGGCUGGACUCCGAGGCUAUCGCCGUGCAGCCGUUCAGCAUGCGCCAAACCUUUGAUGCUUACGUCAAGGACCCUACGAUUUGGAGGUCGAGAAUGACCAAUGACGAUUUCAUGCGGAGACUCAUCGGCGCCGCGGCAAACGUUCUAGAUCGAUCGAUGGACUCAUUCGGACCCGCCUUUUGGAACCUGGAGAGUGUGGAAUGGAUUUUCGAGAAGAACAUGAUCAAGGAUCUGGUUCAGUAUGUUGAAAAGGUUCAAAAACAAGACUUUUGGACUGCGUGGGUCACGCAUGGUGGACCGUUCGAGGUGAACCUUCUCAACAUGCAUAUCCAAGCACGAAAGCUGGAGACGACGGACCCCCUAUUCACCAAAUACCGGAUCAUCGAGACUGAACGAGAGAUGCAGAAAUACGGCAUGGGUAAGUCAUGCAUUCCAACCAUACUCCAGCCAGCUAUUAUCUAUGACGGAGGACUGAUCGUUUCAAAAGUUGAACCAGCAAAAGCUGUGAUCGACGCCAUGACAGGAACUGGCCUCCUAGAGAGGGGCUACAAGUUGUUGGCAGUCCCAGAAAUAGUACCAAACUUUUCCUCCAUGCUACGCGAAAAUGGUCAGACUCUCUUUCGACUCGACAAUCUCGACGUUGGUCCACCAGAAGCCAUCGAUCGGUUUCUGUUGGAGACGCCGAUAAACAUCAUAUGUUCGGGAGCUCCGCCGUUGCAUAGUUGGUGGGAAGAGCGGAAGAAGAGCAUUUAG